ACUGCCGCAGUCGUCUCAUGUGUGUGGGAGAGACCCAAGCCUUACACCAACCAAACCUUUCUUUUCUCCCCUGCCACCAAGGGUGAAAUUAUUUCUUUCAGAGGAUAUCCCAGUGAGACAUAUGAAGUGGUGACAGAUGAUGGGUAUAUCCUGAGUAUUAACAGAAUUCCUCAUGGGAAACGAAAUAACCAGAAAUCGGGUCCCAGGCCCACAGUGUUCUUGCAGCAUGGUGUGCUUGGUUCUAGCAGUAACUGGGUGCUUAAUAUGGACUACAACAGCCUGGGAUUUAUAUUGGCUGAUGCUGGUUAUGAUGUUUGGCUCGGAAACACCAGAGGUAACACCUGGUCCAACAAACACAUCAACUAUACUGAGAAGCAACAAGAAUUCUGGCUAUUCAGUUUUGAUGAAAUGGCUAAAUACGACCUUCCAGCUUCAAUUAACUUUGUCCUGAACAAAGCAGGUCAGGAAAAAAUAUUUUAUGUUGGUCAUUCCGAGGGCAGCACAAUGGCAUUCAUUGCAUUUUCAACCAUGCCACACCUAGCCAAGAAGAUCAAAAUAUUCUUUGCAUUGGCCCCAGUAGCCACUUUAAAGUAUUUGACCAACACGGCUUUGACCAAACUUGCAAUGGUUCCUGAACCUAAGCUCAAAAAAAUGUUUGGAACUAAGCAGUUUUUAGCUCAAGACAGAACAAUGAAAUGGUGUGCUACUUCCUUGUGUAACCGUUUCCCAAUGGAUUAUCUGUGUGGCAGUGUUUUAUUCCUGUUUAAUGGCUUUAAUGUGCUAAACUUCAAUAUGAGUCGAAUCGAUGUUUAUUUAUCACACUUCCCAGCUGGGACAUCUAUCCAGAACAUGCUUCACUGGACUCAGAUUGUGAAGGCUGGGAAGUUCAAAGGCUUUGACUGGGGAAGCAAGGAAGCAAACAUGGCUCACCACAACCAGUCAACACCGCCUUUCUACAACGUACAACGGAUGACUCUUCCAACAGCUGUCUGGAGUGGUGGUAACGACUGGAUUGCAGACUCAAAGGACAUGGCCCUCUUACUGCCUCAGAUCCCAAACUUAGUUUACCACAAGGAUAUUCCUGAAUGGCAACAUCUGGAUUUUAUCAUAGGAUAUGAUGCCCCACAGCACAUGUACAUAGAGAUAAUGGAUUUAAUGCAGACUUAUAAGUGAAUGUGAAAUAUUCCUUCAGAACCCAUUACUGUCAAGGUGUGUUGAUGAAAAGCACUAGAAGAUUUCUUUCUUUCUUUUUUUUAAAUUCUUUUUAUUGGUUAAUUCCAUAAGAAAAUAAAAAGUAACACACAAGUAAA